AUGGAUAUAGAUUUGACGUCUUCUAGUCUAUAUCCAGAUGUUGCUGUGAACCAAAAUGGUGAAAUUGGGUGGCUGCACUAUGGUUCCUUCUCGCACAAGUCUUUAAUGUACCCACACGUGGACAAACACGUUGAUGCACGUGGUCCAUUAACCAACCUUUUACUGCUUGGCCUGCGGCUGUUGUACUUUUUGUUGAAAACUGGUGCCAAGUUAUCAGCUGAGAUGAAAAAUCCGUUCCUUGGCAUAGCAUUUCUUGGGAUUGGAUUGUGGGCAUGGAAUGAAAAGGGAGUGCUGUCUAAUAUCUCCUCCAUCACCGACCUGGGAGGCUUUGAUCCAGUUUGGCUCUUCCUAGUGGUAGGAGGAGUUAUGUUCAUUUUGGGAUUUGCAGGAUGCAUUGGAGCUUUGCGAGAAAAUACCUUUCUUCUCAAAUUUUUUUCUGUGUUUCUUGGAAUUAUUUUCUUCUUGGAGCUUACUGCUGGUGUUCUAGCAUUUGUUUUCAAAGACUGGAUAAAGGACCAGCUGCAUUUCUUUAUAAACAACAACAUCAGAGCAUACCGAGAUGACAUUGAUUUGCAAAACCUUAUAGACUUCACGCAGGAAUAUUGGCAGUGCUGUGGGGCUUUUGGAGCUGAUGACUGGAACCUUAAUAUUUACUUCAAUUGCACAGAUUCCAAUGCAAGUCGAGAGCGCUGUGGAGUGCCAUUCUCUUGCUGCACUAAAGAUCCUGCCGAAGAUGUUAUUAAUACUCAGUGUGGCUAUGACGCAAGGCAAAAACCAGAAGUUGAUCAGCAGAUUGUUAUCUACACUAAAGGCUGUGUCCCUCAGUUUGAGAAAUGGUUGCAGGACAAUCUUACCAUAGUUGCCGGUAUAUUCAUUGGGAUAGCAUUACUGCAGAUAUUUGGGAUAUGCUUAGCCCAGAAUUUGGUUAGUGACAUUGAGGCUGUCAGAGCCAGCUGGUAAAACUGCUGAAGUAACCACAACAAGACACUGGACAACCGAAACCCUCUGAAACCUCCAGUGUGUCGCUCCGACACCAAGCUGUACGGACAUGGGUGACAGGGAAGCCUUCUCUCCCAAGUAGUCUCAAGUCUAAGUUCCUGAUAUUGCAGUGAACUCGUGUUUCUUUGGAGUGGGGGAGAGAAGAGUGGGCUAUUUAAAAUCUGCUGCUCACUGACAAUUUUUUUUGUUUGUUUUAAAACCACCAGUUUGAAAGCUGUUGAGCCGUGAAUCUCUACUGUAUUCUUGAUCCUGAGUAACAAGUGGACACUUUUUUAAAAUUGGUGUAUUCAGUGGGACAGAGUUGCAUCGUUGUAGUCUGUGGGUAUGCUGUUUAUUCUUCGUGUCAUGAGGUCUUCGAUAGCUGCCAAAUAUUCCUGAGAUGGUCUCUCUCCUCACCACUCUGUAAAGGAACGAUCUUCUUUUCACAGCUAAACAUAGCUACAGGCCUAAACCCGCCAAGCAGGAAGCAACUUUCUAUGCAUCUAUUGUACAGUCAAAGAAAUUGUUUUUAAAACAAGGGAAAAUUUUUUACGCAAGCUUCCAAGCAUCUCCCUGUAGUACUUUGAGGUUGGAAUCAGCAAGCUCACAGGGAGAAUUGCCUAAUUUUAUCAACAUCUUUCUUCCUUUCUCCACCCUUGUAUGAAGGGAAAGGAGUUUUAUAUUUGAACAAGGGUUGUAGAGCCUUUGGUUGCUGCCAUACCUUAGGACGUCAGCCUCUUAAGGCAAGGAUGGGAUAUAACUGUAUAAAUGUAUGAAAGCAGUGUGGAUGUUGGGUCCAAGUUAAUAAUGUUAUUCAAAGAAUGAAUUAUAUAUUAACUUAAAAAAAUCAAACCAUGUAUCUGAUAUGGCAACAUCUUUUGUUUCUCUGGAAUUUAGUGUAACCUAAUGCAUUUAGGGAUCUCACUAAUAUUAGUGCUUUGAUAUACUUGUACAAAACUUCUUUUAAGAUUGGUCUGUUCUUAGCUGACGCUUCGGUUUUUUUUCCCUUUUUUCUUAAAUUCUUUUUACUUGCAUGAGCUGUGGAGUAAGAAUCUAUGACACUCCAGUGCUUUAAAUCUGUGCAUAUGUUUUAAUACAGUCUAAUCCAAACUUAUUUAUUGGUAAAUGCAUGUGAUUAUGGAAAGAUCAUAUCCCAUUCCCAUGGAAGCUGGAGAGAACAGCUUUUACCACAGUAAAUGCUUACCUACAGGGAACAAAUCCUUGUUAUGGAGAUGUGUCUCCCUUUGUUGCUCUAACUGCAACAAAAAGCUUUCUUGAAGCAAUGGAAUAAAAGUUUUAAAAUACUAGCGCGUGUUAGGAUCAACCAAGACAGACUCUUCUGAAUUGGACAAAAGAGAGUAGAAUUUGGAACAAAGCACAAAUAGUGGAAGAAGAAUUAGAUCAGACUCCAUCCAGCUUCGAGUUUUUGGUUCAUUCUUCUUCACUAAUAAUAGUGAACUUAUAGACCUGACCAUGGCUUGGGUAGUUUUAUUGCACUUUGUAUAAAUUCAGUGUGUUGUAUGAUCCUUCUCAGUAUCUGCAGAACCAGUCCUGAAAGCUGUGAACUCUCGGCUCACUGGUCAGACAGUGGCACCUCUUGUAAGAACUUAGCAUUUUUCUGAGAUGAGCUUCUGAGAUGAAGUGCGUGGAGUUGAAGAGAUGAAUGCAUUGCUUUCAAAGCUUCCCAAAGCUUCUGGAUAGAAGGCUGGUCUGAUGACCAAUUAAAAUCCUUUCUGGUCUUACGACUCUUAAACAUGUCAGUAUAUGGACCCUUCCAUAUUUUGCCUUUCUCUGCUUUAGGUGGCCAUGUUUUUUUCCCCUCUGAAGGCUGGUGGUAGGCACACCGGCGCAUGUAGAUGCUGCAGACAGUCCUGUUGUCCUCCUGUCUUUGAGCAUUACCUCAUCCUCUUCUUGUUAACUCCCACUGACUGGCUCUGAAUCAGGCAGCCUCCAUAUCCUUUGGUAUCUGCUGUUAAAGGCCAGCCGUGACUCAGUAAUUAUUUUUUUUAAAGCCUUUGAAAGCAAUUAUAAUUCACUGUCCUUAAUAAAGUUGGUUCCACCUCACCACAGUGUUACGUUUUUCUUGGCCACUUCUCAACUUGAGGAGUUCCUGGUGUUUGUUUCCCCCCAGAGGGACACACCGAUUUGCCUGAUAGCAGCAGGACAGACAGAUCAUCGGCACCAGUGUUGCUGCACUGAGACAAAAGGGGGCAGGGAGAAAUCAGGGAAGGGUGGUUGAGGAAGUAACCCCUCCACCCAAGAGCCUUGAUUGUGACCCAGCGCUUUGGUUUGGAGAAGAAGAAAAAAAAAAUCCUACAUUACAGAAAGAUUCCUUGUUACCACUGAUCUAGAACACUGCUGUUGCUGCUGUGGGCUUUUGAAGACAACUUCAUUCUUCUACUUGAAUUUCUGCGGUUGUACUGUAUUGGUCUUCAGUCUUGUCUCACUGCUGAGUCCCAGUCUGCUGGACCUGCUGUUGGCAGUGAUAGGAAGGUAAAUGCUCUGAGUGAGCCAAUCUUGUUCUCACUACUUGCACGUGUACACACAAAUGUGCAACACUUCUGCUGAGUCCCAGAAUGACUGACUGUUCUUAAAAAACCACUAAAUAACUUAUUUUUCUAGAGCUUGUCUAUUGCUGCAGAUGCUGAUCCUCCCCCAUUCCCCACUCCCAAGAGAAGCUCUUAUUUUCCUCGUUUUUGCAGUUGUUUGAUGGGUGAAUACUGAAUGUUCAGGAUUAGCUGUCUAUAUUGCACAUUUAAAUCCCACAAUUUUUUUUUUUUGUCUACAGAUUGGGUAAGAUGUCCUAGAAAUGCCCCAUCAGCAGCUUAGGUGUCCAGUUUGGAAAGCUUAUGGGAGGCCUUGGAAAUCAGUCUAUUAUUGCCAGAGCCUGCUAAAUGCAAACAAGCUUUCUUCCAGAAAACUUUGUGAAAACUUCAGGUGAGCUGCAGCUGGAGCACAACUGCUGGCUACACAGGCUCAUUUCCUAAAGCAAUAAGAUAUGGUAGGUGGUUUGACUUCCUGGCAAUUUCUGGCCUGCCUGGUGUGGUGGUGGGGUAGAUGUGAGUUCAGAGGUCAGUCUAAUUAUCUUUAAUGUGCAGUGGUCCUUCAGAAACUUUUUGGCAGGCUUACGGCCCUUGUGGAAGCAGCUCUGUUUGGGUGAUUCGUAUGGGUUGGUGGUGUUGCUAAUGAGAGGUCUGGUAGCUUCAGCAGUAGCCCUGGCUUUAAAGCCAUUUCCAGCUUCCCCGCUGAGCCCUGCCAAAGGGCAUCACGAUCCUUGCUCCUCUGCUUUCUAAGUACUCUCCAUGUUCACAAGCCUUUCUGUUGUUUGAUUUUUUAAAUUUUUUUUUAAUUAAUAACCUAAUGGACAAAGGUUUGAUUUUUCUCUGUGUGUCUGUUUCAGUAGCAGUAGGAUCUCUUUGCUUCAAAACCCUUAAUUUUGAUUGUGCCCCUUAGAAUUUGAAGCUGUGGAGAUGCUUGCUCAAGUGUACUCUGUCCCGAAAGCCUUCUUCUCUCCCCUUUGAGAGAGAUGCUAAUCGUAGUCCUGGUGUGUAAAUAGUGUUUGAAAUGUAAAUAGUAGCAUGCGGAUGAAAUGAUUCUUGCACAUGACUGCUUUUCAACCUAAAAGUGUUUAUUAUAGAUGUAUGAAAGGUGUCCAGGGUGAGAGUUUGCUGAUGGGAACGGCGGGGCGGGAGCGCUCGCAUCGCCUGCCCUCUAGCGGCGGACCGGCGGACCGGCAGCGGCCAUGGCGGGGGGAAACCCUGGCCAGGUUGGGGCUCUGGUUGGCAGCAGGACCUCCCUUGCCUUUCCCCCUUGCCCUCUUGGCAUUAGAAAAGCAUUAGUCAGCAAAGCAGAGGGUGGGACUUGGCACCCGCUACCGGUUACAGGAGGUUGGCAUCGCUCGCGUCAGGACUAAACAUGGUGCUAUAAGAACCGUCCUGGACGUUACCCUGUGUUUGUACUGCUUUAGUGAUGCUCUUGGUGAAAUUGAUCCUGAUUAACAGUGUUGGUUGCAAGAGAAACUCUCACGUGAAUCUUUGGUUCCAUUUCCUUUCUUUCUGUGUGUGCCUUUUGGGUGCAUUGAAAGGGCAGUUCUGCAAAUACCUAGGAAGGAGAUUAGAUCUUAACAGGUGUCAAGCACUGUUGAAGGUUCCAGUUCCUCCCUCCCAUUUUUUGAUUUCUCUCUGAAGCUUUUUCAGAUAUCUGUAAUUGGUCAUGAAACUGUCUAAAGCAAACAAAAUAAAACUACCCUGUUGGAUCCAUUAGCUACCAAAUUUUGCCACUUGAAGAAAAGAAAAAAAACCCCCAUCUGUGUCCCUUAACAUAUGGUUAUAAAAAUAAGUGUUGUGACUACUAGUGUGAACCAGGCAGCACUGCUGACUCUCUUCUGUGUUUCGGCAAUAUAAAUGUGUUAAUAAAAAGCUCCAUCCGUAUGUGUGUUCAUGUUCAGGCUGUGUACAUAGUAGAGAUGGACCUGGUACUAUCUUGAGCUCUGGGGAGACUGAGAUUUGGGUUUUAUGACUCAGGCCUGUCUCUGAUACGUGUAUUCCAGGUUAGUUCUGACUGAAUCUCUCUCUCUGGUUCAUCUGGGGUGUACGGCGAGGUGUCGGUAUUUACCCUUUGUGUAUCAUUCCUUUUUAUACGAAUGUAUUCUCUUGUGUUCCUGUUUUUUUUUUUUUUUAUCGGUUGUAAAAUUGAUUGUAAAAGCCAACUACACUUACCGAUGGAAAGUAUUGCUAUAACAGAACUGCAUGCCCGGUAGAGUUUGACUUGAGCUUUAGUUUUCCAAUUUCAGACUGGUUACCUUCGGUCUAGGAGAAAAGCAUAGAUCAGGUGCAUAAUGUAUUACUUGUCAUCUUUAGCAUUAGACUGUGGUAUUGUAUCACAUGCUGAUCUCAAUGGAUGUAACUGGAGUCUACUUGGGAAGUUAAUGCAACUUCCUGGUAAUUCAUUUUAAGCUAUUGAAAGUGGUCUUGAUCAUGCUACUUGUGUUCUUGGGUUUUUGUUUUUUAAUAGAGGCAUUUUUUAGGAAUGUUUUAAUACACUUAUGAUGGACAAUACAAUAGUUUUAAUAGUUGUGCAGUAUUCUGUAUUUACUUGAAGUAAAUCAUUUUAUAUGCAAUUUGUUAGAUAAUUACAAUUUUAUAAAUAAAAUUGCGUGAAAUAUGA